AUGGAUAUUGCGUACGACCACAUCCAAGAGGAGAUCCUCACACCCCGGGAGAACACUUCUUCCGAUCCCAACAACGCUCAGCAAUCAAACAUCGACCUCAACACCGAAUUUCAAGAAACCUUUCGCGCUUUCUCCGCCAGCCCGUGGGGCGCCCGGAUCGGAGGCCUUUGGGAUAAUGUGCGCAAGCAGGGAGAGACCUACUACGAGGGCGCCCGUCAGGAAUACGCCGCCGCGAGCGAGGAAGCUGUGAAGGGGUUCUCAGAUCUGCGGGAUAGCAUUGUCGAUCGGACCAAGGGGCUUUCCAUCAACACCGUAGCUUUGACUGGCAGCGGUGAAGGACAGAAAGACGAGGCGGCUACACCUACCACCUCGACGAAUGAGGGAUCCAAAGGUCAAGCCGAGGCUGGCCCCAGCGGAGAGGGCUUCAUUUCGCGGUUCAAGGCCGAGGCCGCGCGACGACUAAAGGAAAUUGAGAAGGCGGAGGAAGCGGCAGACGAGGCGAUCAUGCGAUUCGGGCUAAACAUUGGCCAGAAGCUGCGUGAGGCUGUGAGCAUUGUGCCUCCCGAGACGAACGAUUCCGGCAAGCUUCUUUUCGAGAGCAAAGAUGCCGAUGGCAAGCGCGUCAUCCAUGCCACUCGAUUCGAAGCUCAACUGCAUGUCAUCCACUCAAACUUGGAAAGCUUCACCAAGGACCCUGUGAGCGAUAAGUUCUUGGAGUUCAAGAAAGAAUUCAAUGUCGAGAGCAAAACCGACGAGAUUGCUUCCGACCUCGAGAAGUACCCUGAGUUGCGGCUCGCCAUGGAGAAGGUUGUUCCUGAGACUGUGGAGUAUGCGGAGUUCUGGACUCGGUACUAUUUCCUCCGCUUGGUCAUUGAGACCGAAGAGAAGAAGCGCAAGGAGCUUUUGAAGGGUGCCAACGCCGAAGACGAGGAAGAAGUCGGCUGGGAUGACGAUUCUGACUCUGAACACGAGUCCCCCUCCACUCCUCAAGUCCGCCACGAAAACCAGAAACUCGCCGCCGAAAAUGCUACCCUGAAAGCCGAGCCUCGCCGAUCGAACGACCAACAGUCCCAGGCCGAUAGCGAGUCAAGCUACGACGUUGUGAGCGGUGCUGCCAGCCGGACCCCUGGCAGUCCCAAGGAGAAGAGUCCGAUCACUGAAUCCAAGGCGGAUGACAGUGACGAGGACUGGGAGUAA